AUGUUGGAAAAAGCAAGCUACACGCCAGAGACUCAGGGCCAAGCGCCCCCCAGCUACGGACCCCCAACGGAGCCAGCUCCCGCCGCGCAACAGGGCACACAGCCACCUCGAGCCCCUACCAACCCGGCGCCCGAGAUCCAGCUUCAAACACACCCGGCUCAGGAAUAUGGAACAAGCUACCCAGCAGGAGAAACAAAACCCACACUCAAUCCAUCAAAUCCCAACCCUCACAUGUACCCGCCUCAAGCCUACAAUCCGACACCGCAGCUACCGCAGCCAAGUCAAUACCCGACAGCGUUCCCUCUGCACGCGCUGCAACGGACGCCCCAGGUCGUCGACUGCCCUGUAUGCGGCCAGCGAGAGAUGACCCGGACAGAGGCGGUGAACGGGAAAUCAACACAUGGUUGGGCGGCCGUGCUUUGCUGCUGCGCUUGCAUCGGCUGCAUACCCUACUUCGUUGCGGCUUUUAAGAACGUCGACCAUCACUGUGGGAGGUGCGGCCACCUGCUUGCUACGUACCACGGGAGUGGCCAUGUGGUGGUGCACCCGCAGCGAGUUCAGCCGGGACAGCAGGCGCCUCAAUGA